GGGUUGAUAUUUGUCGUUGACAGUAAUGAUAGAGAGCGUGUGACUGAAGCACGUGAGGAACUGAUGCGAAUGCUUGCAGAGGAUGAAUUGCGAGAUGCUGUUCUACUCGUCUUUGCCAACAAACAGCUGCAUUUCUUUUAUCUACCGGAGUUUGAGAGAGAACUCAAAGCAAUCAGGAAAAAAGAAUAGUUGCAUUGUACAACCACCAGGAUAACAGAAGGUGACCUAGGUGGAUUUUGGUCUAUUUUCAUCAAGAAAUUCCUAGGUCCCAGAGUAAUUUCGAGGCUACAAUGAGCCACGACUAUAUCACAUCAUUUGGAGUGCAUUUAAGAAGUUACUCUUAAAUUUUGAGUGUAACGCCAUCAGGAUCAAUUUGGAAAAUUCUACUCAGUAACUUGCCAGGGUAAACUGGAAGAUGGGACCUUGUUUGAUAAUUCCUUAAUCCGAGAUCCUCUGGUGGUAGAACUGGGCAAAAAACAGGUUAUUCCAGGUUUGGAACAGGGCCUCCUCAAUAUGUGUGUUGGAGAGAAGAGGAAGUUAACGGUUCCCUCUAACCUUGCAUAUGGGAAACGUGGGUUUCCACCCUCCAUCCCAGGAGACUCUGUAUUGUUGUUUGAGACGGAGUUGGUGACUUUAGUGAAAUCGACAUAUUGGAAGAAAAUGAUGGACAAUGUGAUCCCAAUCGCCUGCCUCCUGCUGGUCCCUGGACUUUUGUGUCUAAUAGGCUACUACCUCUACCUAAAAGCAAAUGUGCCAAAAACCUCCAAACGGAAACUCAAAGAGGAGAAAAAGAGCAAAGCAAAAAAUAAAUAAAUU